AAAGAACACGUGAUACACGCCAAAUGUUGCCCAAAAAUUUGCCUUAAAACAGAGAGUCGUAUGGGUUUGUUCAUUCAUUGUAAGGUAAUUAAAGUGAAGAUAUGGCAUUGAAAGUAAAGAUCAUCCAUGAAGAAAUUAUCAAACCUUCCAUUCCAACGCCUGAAACCCAAAAGCAUUUGAAAUUCUCCUUCUUAGAUCAGCUAGCUUUGCCUGUUUAUGUUCCACUACUUCUUUUCUAUGAUAGCAACAACAACAAUCAAAUUGAUCCCUCCAAAUUCCAUCUUCUAAAAUCUUCAUUAUCCAAAACUUUAACCCAAUUUUACCCAUUUGCAGGCCGAAUUAACGACGAUAAUCUCUCGAUUUCUUGCAUAGACGAAGGCGCUAUCUUCCUCGAAGCUGAAACCAAUUACCCUCUCUCAAAUUUCCUCACUCAACUCAACGUUGAUUCUCUCAACCAACUCCUCCCUUUUGGCUUCGCUAAUAGAGGCUGUAUUGUAUUAGUCCAAACCACGUCGUUUCAAUGCGGGGGGUUGACGAUUGGCUUACUAAUGUCGCACAAGAUCUCCGACGCGUCGUCCAUUAGUUCCUUUAUCAAAACAUGGACUUCCAUUGCUGGGAAUGGUCCUCUGUUCCCAAAACCAGAGUUCAUUACCGACUCUGUUAUACCACCGCCCAAAAAUUUCCCAAUUUCAACUCCAACGACUCCAGAUUCAGGAAUACACGCUAAAGGCAUAACGAACAGAAUCGUUUUCUCUCAUUCUAAAAUCACAGCCCUUAAAGAAAAGGCUGCUAAUUCAACGGUUACGCAACCGACACGCGUCGAAGCCGUAACUGCUCUGUUAUGGAAAUCUGCUAUAUCUGCUUCAAGAUCAACGUCCGGUAUUUCAAAGGCGUCUGUGUUGGGCCAAGCUGUGAAUCUAAGGAAAAGAUUAGAACCCAAUUUGCCCGAUAACUCGAUCGGGAAUGCUCUUGGGUUCGUUACGCCGGAGACGGCGGUGGCGGAGGAGUUAAAGCUACAGAGUAUGGUCGGAUUGUUGAGGGAAGCAAUUGAAGAAUUUAAGAAGAAUGGGUAUAAGAAAUAUCAAGAUACAGAGGCUUAUUUGAGGUAUUUUAAGACUUUGACGGAUCCAGAUGGUCCGUAUAAUGAGGAGAAGAAUUUCUACUUGUGUAGUAGCUGGAGUAGAUUUGAAUUUUAUGAAGCAGAUUUUGGAUGGGGAUGCCCUGUUUGGUUCAUUGGUGGGAUUUCAAUGUUUUCGAAUUUUUUCUUGUUAAUGGAUACAAGAGAUGGAAGGGGAAUUGAAGCGUUGGUGACUUUGAGUGAAGAAGAUAUGGCCGUGUUUCAAUGUGAUCAAGAUUUGCUUGAAUUUGGUUCGUUUAAUCCCAAUGUUCUUCAAGUCGAAGACUAAUUAAGUCGCCGUCGGUUGUAAUAAUUUUGAAGUACACGCAUUUGAUUCCUUCUUUGUAUUCCGUUUCAUAACGUUAAUGUUUGUUGUUUCUCCAUCUUCUAUUAUUUAAAAACUAGCAAAUAUGCCUGAUAA